GCGUCACCAUGAGCAAGAUCGACCUGGACGAGCGGCUCAUCAUCGAGGUGCAGCAGUACCCGGGCCUGUACGACCAGGCCAGCCAGGACUACCGUGACCUCAGGAAGAAGGAGAGCAUGUGGCACGCCGUGUCUCAAAGUCUCGGCCUCCACGUGCGUGAGUGCCAGGCGCGGUGGCGGGUGCUGCGGGACAAGUUCGCGCGGGAGAUGAGGAAGAACGUGAACGCCAAGAAGGCAGGAGCCAGCGCCCUUCAAGUGUACCAGGGCAGCUGGGCCCUCAUGUCACACCUCAUGUUCCUCACCUCACACGUCAAGCACCGCUCCUCGCAGGGAUCCUUCAAGCGCAAGACGCCCUCGGAAACAGGCAUCUCGGAGGAGGAUGAGGAUUGCAUAUUCUCAGAAGACGAGCCACCAUCACCGUCGCCGCCCCCAGUGAAGCGCGUCAAGACAGAGGUGGAGCACACAGCGAGCCCAGCGGGAGAACUAGACGCCAGGAAGGUUGGGGCGGCGACAGCUGCUGGAAUACUGGAGUGGGAGGGAGACGCCGAGAGAAUGUUCUGCCUGAGCCUCGUGCCCAUCAUCCGACGCCUCGACCCUGACAAGAGGAGCCUCGCCAAGCUGCACAUCCAGAGACUCCUGCACAACCUGGAGUUCCCGCAGGUCAAAGUGGAGCUGCGGAGCGGCUGACGAAGGGUUGGCGGUGGUGGUGGCGGAAAGGAAGGCGGGUCCACGUGUUAGUGAUAGUGGGGAUGUGUAUGUGUGUGUGUGUGUGUGUGUGUAUGUGUAUGUAUGUAUGUAUGUAUGUAUGCGAGUAUGUUGUGUAUGUUACGUGUAUUAAAGUUGUUGUGUUUG